GGCUCCGAGCAGCAAGGGAGGGGGGAGGCCGAGGCCCCGCCCGCUCCGGAGAUGCCACGCCCCAAGCUCCAGUAGCUCCUCCCCCCAAGGCUGGCUGCUGCUCUUGGCGCUGGGGUGAUUGAGCUCCGCUGGGAGGGUGGGGCCGGGCCGGGCCCCAGAGGGAGGGUGUUCCUGGGGUGUCCGCGGAACUUGAAGUGUUCUAUCGGUCCCCGAAAAGCUGAGCAUCUCAGAGAUCCCCAUUCCCCAAGAUCCUUCAGUUCCACCGUUUAUUAAUCAUCCGGUUCACGGGCACCCUUCCCCUCUCUCUCCUACCCGUCCUGAGAGGCAGGGGGUCCCAAGUCCGGCCGCGCUGCUCCCUGGGCACUGGAGAUGAGAGGCUGUCCUAAAGUGCCAGGAGCUGGCGGCACACUGCCUCGAGGGAAAUUGGCACCUUCCGACCUGCCGAGGCUCCCAGAUUCCCGGUCGCAACCAAGAACCAGAACAAGGGGGCCCAGCGGCAGUGGUGGCCAGGGUGCUUGAGACCCCCGCGGCGAAGGGCAGACACGGACACGGAGACCCGGCCGUUUCAGACACUGUAGUGUCACGCACGCACUCCGUCCCACACACCUGCCGCUCCGCCCCCUUUAUCCCCGUGCCCGCGCAAGGAGCACAGCCGAAGAGAGAGCAGCCGGGACUAGGAGGUGGCUGCGGUAGAGCCCCCCCCCCCCCAUCCACCCGUAUCCCCUUCCCAUCCCCAACACCGAGAGCCCGGAGGACGCCUGCAUCCCAUCCCAGUUUCUCCUUUCCCUUCCCUAUCCAUCGCCUUCCUGUACCGCUAUCUUAACUCCCCCACCCCCCACCCCCAACCCGCCGCGGCACCAGCCGCCGCAGCCCGGAGCCGGAGCCGGAGCGGGUGAGGUGGCCUGGGGGGUGGGGAGAAGGGGGUGGAGGAUGCUCUCGGGAAGGGCUCUCAGGGCAGCCUGAGAGGUACUAGGACGCUGCCGGAGCCAAGGCCGAACAUACACACCGCAUCCCCGGGGGCCGUGCAGAGGCCACAAGGGCCAUAUGUCGGAAUUGCAACCAGGACCAGAGCCCCAACAUGGGCUGUACAUGCUGUUCCUUCUCGUGCUGGUCUUCUUUCUCAUGGGCCUUGUGGGGUUCAUGAUCUGCCAUGUACUCAAGAAGAAGGGUUAUCGUUGUCGAACAUCAAGAGGUUCAGAGCCUGAGGAUGCCCAGCUACAGCUGCCAGAUGAUGAGGAUGUAAAUGAGGAUACAGUAGAAAGGAUUGUUCAAUGCAUCAUCCAAAAUGAAGCUAAUGCUGAGGCCUUGAAAGAGAUGCUUGGGGAUAGUGAAGGUGAAGCAACAGUACAACUAUCCAGCCUUGACGGUGCUCCUAGCCUGCAGGAUGGGACUCCAUCUCACCACCAUACAGUUCAUCUGGGCUCGGCUGCCCCUUGUAUCCACUGCAGCCGAAACAAGAGGCCACCUCUUGUCCGACAGGGCCGAUCCAAAGAAGGCAAAGGCCGUACUAGGCCAGGGGAAACUACAGUGUUCUCUGUGGGCAGGUUCCGGGUAACACAUAUUGAGAAGAGGUUUGGGCUGCAUGACCAUCGGGAUGGCUCACCCACGGAUAGAAGCUGGGGUUCCAGUGGUGAGCAGGACCCAGGGGGUGGCCAGAGUUCGGGGAAAGGGCAGAUUGGGACUGGACCUCCUGCCAUAGAGAGACUUCCAGCAUCAGGGCCAGAAGUUGGCGUCCUAUCUAGUCCUCCUGUACAGAAUGGGGGCCUCAGAGAAAGGAGCCUCACCCCCUCUCUGAUUGAGGCCCCCUCUGGAGCCAUGGAAAACCUGGACACAACGGCCAGAGGGGACACAAGGCCAGUGUUGACCAGAAGGGAAACUAACGGACAACCAGCCAAACUGGAUGCCUCAGAUCUCCAGGUGUCACCACCAGGCGGCUCAGGAGGAGUGUGAGCUUCCUCUUCACUAUCUACUGCAAGGAUCAGUAGCUGGCUGGGCAGGGAAGAGGGGCAAGCAUGAAGUUCCUCCUCACUCUGAGACAGCAUUGCCCUCUAGGAAAACAGAACAACCCCUCUUCCCUGGGGGCUGUAUUAUCUCAGGCUGGGAAUGCAGAGAGUGGUCCACAGCCUCUUAAUCCCUUCCCUUCACCGCAUCUCCAGCCUAAGACAGGUCAGAGGUGAGGAGAAGUUGCCCCUACAUUCACCCCAGGCUCCCUCCUCCUCCAUCAACUUGCUCCAUCUGCUUGAGCGUGGCAUUUGGGAGCAGGCCCUAUGCUCAAGAUGGGCACCUGAAGCAAUACUCCCCACUAGGCCUCCCUCUCAGCACACAAAAGCUCAGGCAUUGGCUUGGGCUCCUUGCCCCUUUAUUGCACUGUCAAUAAAUCAGCUCAGACUAUUA